CUUCAACUUCGGCCAUCUUCAAACAUUCGCGACAGUUGGAAGACAUUUGACCACCGUCAUCGUAAGUCGCCAACUACCUUCACACACACAAGGGAAUCACUAACAAUCUUCACAGAUGGGUCGUCUUCAGGAAUAUGAGGUCAUUGGCCGCCAUCUGCCCACCGAGGCCAACCCUACCCCCGCCAUGUACCGCAUGACCAUCUUCGCUCCCAACGAGACGGUCGCCAAGUCCCGUUACUGGUACUUCUUGCGUGGUCUCCGAAAGGUCAAGAAGGCCACCGGUGAGAUCGUUAGCGUCAAGGCUAUCCACGAGAAGCACCCCCAGAAGGUCAAGAACUUCGGUAUCUGGCUCCGAUACGACUCCCGCUCGGGUACGCACAACAUGUACAAGGAGUACCGUGAGCUGUCCCGAGUCGACGCCGUCGAGUCCCUCUACUCCGACAUGGCUGCCCGCCACCGUGCCCGCUUCAGGUCCAUCCACGUCCUCCGCGUUGCUGAGAUCGAGAAGACCGAGGACAUCAAGCGACCCUACAUCCGCCAGCUCAUCACCAAGAACCUGAGCUUCCCUCUUCCCCACCGUAUCGCUAAGGAGAGCGCCAAGAAGGUGUUCAGCGCUAAGCGACCUUCCACUUUCGCUUAGAAUGUUUUCGAUUUCGAGGACGGUUGGGAGGCUCUGCGGGUGUUACUACGGAUCAUGGAAAUAUCAACUGCAUUUGCUCGAUAAAACGAGCAACGA